CCCGCCUCCUCACGCGCAGCAGCGGCAGCAUGGAGGGUGAGAGCACGUCGGCGGUACUGUCGGGCUUUGUGCUGGGUGCGCUAGCUUUCCAGCAUCUAAGCACCGACUCGGACUCGGAAGGUUUUCUCCUUGGGGAAGUGAAAGGUGAAGCCAAGAAUAGUAUAACUGAUUCGCAAAUGGAUGAUAUUGAAGUUAUUUAUACAAUUGACAUUCAGAAAUACAUUCCAUGCUAUCAGCUUUUUAGUUUUUACAAUUCUUCUGGUGAAGUAAGUGAACAAGUUCUGAAGAAACUGUUAUCAAGUGUCAAAAAGGAUGUGGUUGGUUGGUACAAAUUCCGACGUCAUUCAGACCAGAUCAUGACAUUUAGAGAGAGACUGCUUCACAAAAACUUGCAGCAACAUCUUUCAAGCCAGGAGCUUGUUUUUCUACUAGUAACACCAAGUAUAGUAACAGAAAGCUGCUCGACUCAUCGGUUGGAGCAUGCCUUAUAUAAACCUCAGAAGGGACUUUUUCACAGAAUCCCUCUAGUGGUAGCCAACCUGGGUAUGUCUGAACAACAGGGUUAUAAAACCGUAUCCAGCUCCUGUAUGUCUGCUGGUUUUAGCAGAGCCGUGAAAACACACAGCUCUGAAUUUUUUAAGGAAGAUGGAUCUUUAAAGGAAGUACAAAAGAUAAGUGAAAUGUAUGCAUCUUUACAAGAGGAAUUAAAAAGUAUAUGCAAAAAAGUAGAAUAUAGUGAGCAAGCAGUAGAGAAACUGCUGAAGGAUGUAAACAGAUUAAAACAAGAAAUUAAAAGAAAACGAGCACAAAGUAAAACAGCACGAGAGAAGAAUGUACAAAAAGACUCUCAGGAGAAUGUUUUGCUUUGUCAAGCUUUACGGACUUUUUAUCCAGAUUGUGAAUUUCUUCAUUCAAGUGUUAUAUCCUUGACAGAUAGACACAUUUCUAAAUCUACUUGUAACACCAAGCAUGAACUCAGUAUGGUCGACAGCCUAACCUUAAUGGUAGAGUACAGUGACAUUCCUGAACCUAGUCCAGCUAAAAUGAGCGCACUUCAAGAGACUAAGUGCAGAGCUCUCGACCCAGCUAACGAGUGGCAAUUCAAGAGGGCGCGGCUGUCAGAGACACCAAGCAAACUGUCUAAAACAGAUACCAGUAGUGGUAACCAAGAGAAAGCAUCCACAAUAAGCAGCCCGGAAACAGAUGAAGAGAUUGAGAAAAUGAAAGGUUCUGGUGAAUAUCCAAAGUCUCCUACAUUUUGAUCCUUUAUAUGGCCAAAGAGGCUGGAGGGUAAAACCAAACAUUUCUGUUCCGCUAUUUGCAGAUAUUGAUACACAGAUAAACUCUUGCAUGUUUUAAGAAAUACCUUUAAAAAGUCAGAUGAUUUUAUUGUAAAUCUUUUUUUCUUUUGUUUCUUUGAAAACUUGAAUAGCUUUUCUUUUAAUUGUACAGAAUUGAAAAAGAAACUGGUCUUCUUUUUUUUUUUUAUAAAUCUCAGUUUGAAUGCUUUCAUUAAUAAAGCUGGUAGUUUUAAUUAUA